AUGAGAGCGAUCAAGCUCAUGAGACAUCAAGAGGUACCAGAUUCUCCAGUUUUACUACCUGAAGAGCUAGAUGAUGUCAGAAUCUAUUGGAUCAAACUCACUCAAAACGAACAUUUUGAGGCACUCAUCAAUCGACUCAAGAAUAGAAGAGAAAUCUGGCACAAUCAUCCCCUGGCAAAGCUAACACCAUGGUUAGACGAAGAUCAGAUGCUUCGUCUUGGCGGGCAGCUCAGGCGCACACAUCUGGAGCCAGAUGCUAAGACACCCGCUAUCAUCCCAAGACAAUCAAGACUCACAUCACUGUGCAUCAUCUGUGCAAGGCAUCGAGCAAUCAGGGCGCAACAGCUGAUGGGACAGCUGCCGCCAAGGAGAAUCACACCUGCGAGACCAUUUCUACACACUGGAGUGGACUUCGCUGGGCCUGUCAAACUUCUCAGGUCGAGAGGUUCAGGUGCUAAACAAUAUCAGGGCUAUAUCACAGUAUUCGUGUGUCUCGUCACAUCGGCGAUUCACCUCGAACCUGUGACAGAUCUAACCAAGGAGGCAUUCAUCGAGACUUUCAAAAGGUUUACUGGGAGAAGAGGCAUCUGUGCCACACUCAGCUGUGACAAUGCGCUGACGUUUGUAGGAGCGGAAAAGGAACUAGGCAGACUCUUCAAUCGAGCAUCAGCGGAACUUCAUCACAUCGCCAACGUUUUAGCAUCAGAUGGUACGAAAUGGACAUUCAUCCUUCCUGCUUUACCACACUAUGGAGGAAAGUGGGAGGCAGCAGUGAAAUCUCUCAAACAUCACCUCAUACCCAUCACGAACAACCUGGCGCUCACCUUUGAGGAACUCAAUACGGUAUUAAUUCAAAUCGAGGCACAAUUAAAUUCAAGACCUCUCUGUCCUCUAUCAGAUGAUUCAGAGGACUGCAGAGCACUUACACCAGGACAUUUCAUCAUCGGAGACGCAAUCAACGCUGUUCCAGAGCCCUCACUACUGGUCGAGAGACUGGACGGUCAUUAG